AUGUCUCAGGUUCUUUAUAACAACACAGAGCCUCCGUUUGGGCCAAUAGUCAACGGAACGCAAAUUGUCUUUUUCGAAUAUCGGCCGAACAUUGGUGCUGCAUGGGCGUUUGUCGUGUUAUUCACUAUUGCUGCUUUAGUUCACUUCGGCAUGUUAAUAUGGCUUCGGGCUUGGCAUUUCAUCCCUCUGACUCUCGGCCUCAUCGGAGAAGCCUUUGGAUACUACGGCAGGGUUCGCGCACACAGCGAACCCAACAUCGCGGGUCCUUUCAUUAUGCAAAACAUUCUCAUCCUUGGCUGCGCGCCCCUUGUUGCAGCCACGGUGUACAUGACUCUCGCGAGAUACAUCCGAGUCUUUGACAUUCGCGAUCGUAUACACAUCCCACCGCGCCUAAUGACAUUCUUCUUCGUCUUAGUCGACGUAGGAUGCUUUGUCACUCAAGUCUUCGGCUCGGCAGCUCCUGCAUCGGGCGAUCCCCAGGGAAUCGCCUUGGGUCGAACGCUCAUCAUAUCUGGACUGAUUGCGCAGCUUGUAGCGCUCGCGCUGUUUAUUCUUAUAUCGCUCAUCUCGCAUCGACUAGCAAUAAGCGAAAGCAUGGGCCUCAAAACCACUCCAAUUACUAUCUUCGGUUCCAAGUACUUCUAUGCUACGUAUUGCGUGGCCGGGGCCAUGUUGGUGCGCAGUCUUGUUCGAGGAAUCGAGUACCUGCAGGGAGACAAGGGGUUCAUCAUUGCUCACGAAAUAUUUAUCUAUCUUUUCGAUGCCGCCCCAAUGGUUCUCGUCCCGGUCGUCUACGUCUUUAUCCAUCCAGGGAAACUUCUAAGGGAUGCCGCAAAGGUGGUGUCUGAUGGCACGGAACUUGCGCGAUAUGAUGUACUCAGUUCAUAA